AUGGUCCCCCGACGGGUUUCAGUGCUUCUCUCCGGCCCCAACCACCGUCUUCUGCAUCCGCCGCCGCCUCCUUCGCCGCUAAUCUACUUCUCCUCCUCACUCUGCUACCCCUCUCCCUUGCGCUCUUCGCCUUCGUCCUCCAAUGGCGCAGCGGGGGAGUCGACGAUCCAAUCUCGCGGUGGUCCCCCAAGGAGUCGCGCAAGUUUCUGGGAAUGGACAGCUCGCCUCUGGCCACCGUGGGCCAGUCCUCGGACUGUUCCCUGCUUUCCCGUCGGAAUUCAGCGACUUUUCCUUACUACAGGGACUAGACCCAAUUCUGAAUCAGAUCUCAAGCCAAAGAAUAUAAUUUGUGCUAUGAUGGAGUUGCUGAAUCUUUCUUUGGAUUUAUCAUGCUUUGCCGUCGGGAGUCCGCUACUGGAGAGUAAAGCUACUACCAUUGCUGUUGACGAGCGAGAGAGAGGGCUCCACCACCGCGCCGUUACGCCGGACAGCAACCAUUACCGACGACCACCACCAUCUGCCGUCAAUACCAUCCAGCCACACAGUCCACGUGGCAUGCUCUGUUGCACUGUCUUCGUUUAUUUAUUCACGUAUACAUUGUGGAACAAAGAUGAUUUAUACGCAAUAAGGGGAAGGACGGUUUUAUCCCUCGAAUUAACACCCACUUAACCAGCAAUGGACGGAAGGACCUCAAUUGGAAAAAAUUUAAUAGUCGGGUGGUUAAAUUGUCCAAAUUAAAAGACGAGGACCAAUUGUGAAAAAUCAACAUACUCGGGGGACCAUUACUGGAAUUAACUCUUUGAUUAAUGGGUUGGAUCAUUGACUUCAUUAAUCAAAGUUCGGAACGUUAUGCUGUACAACCGUGUGCACCAUGUAAGGUGUGUAUGGUUUCAAUUCAUAAUUUUUAUA